AUGCCAGUUUCCGAUUUGCAUGUAGACAUGCAGAACAAGGCCAUUGUUGAUGCACUAUACAAGGGAUUAUCAAAUGGCCACAUGGAGACGGUGGCCAAACUCAUAGCAAGUGACCUAGAAUGGUGGUUCCAUGGACCUCUACAAUCCCAACACAUGAUGAGAAUUCUCACCGGGGAGUCGAGCCACACCAAGUUUAGGUUUGAACCAAGAAGCAUAGAUGUCAUUGGUGAUUGUGUGAUUGUGGAGGGCUGGGAAGGUGCACAAGCUUACUGGGUGCAUGUAUGGACCUUGAAACAUGGUGUGAUCACACAAUUUAGAGAGUACUUCAACACUUGGCUCACCGUGAAAGAUAUUAGCCCACAUGGUUGGGAAAUUAGGCAUGAGAACUAUACCUCGUGGCAGAGCCACCCCAGAGACCUAUUCAACCGCUCAUUGCCUGGCCUAAUUCUGGUUAUUUAG